AUGAUAUUUCAUUUCUCCAAUUCUCUACUUGUAAUCGGCUUCAGGUCUGAAGAACACAGUCAGCUGCAGCUUGUCGAAAGAGAAGAAAUAGAGGACGAAGAUGACUUGUUCGAAGCGAUUGACAAACUUACUACUCAUGGAGUCAAUGCUGGAGAUGUGAAGAAGCUCCAGGAUGCAGGGAUCUAUUCAUGCAAUGGCUUGAUGAUGCAUACAAAGAAGAGCUUGACUGGAAUCAAAGGAUUGUCUGAGGCAAAAGUUGAUAAAAUAUGCGAAGCUGCUGAGAAGAUUGUGAAUUUUGGCUACAUUACUGGAAGCGAUGCUCUCCUCAGAAGGAAAAUGGUGGUGCGCAUCACAACUGGAAGCCAGGCUCUAGAUGAACUACUAGGCGGUGGGAUUGAAACUCUUUCAAUAACUGAAGCUUUUGGGGAAUUUCGGUCUGGAAAGACACAAUUAGCACAUACUCUAUGUGUCUCUACACAGCUACCAACAAGCAUGAAAGGAGGGAACGGAAAAGUAGCUUAUAUCGACACUGAAGGAACAUUCCGUCCUGAUCGAAUAAUCCCAAUAGCUGAAAGAUUUGGCAUGGAUGCAGCAGCUGUUCUUGACAAUAUCAUUUAUGCACGAGCAUAUACAUAUGAGCAUCAGUACAAUCUGCUUCUUGGUUUGGCAGCAAAAAUGGCUGAGGAACCCUUCAGACUUCUGAUUGUGGAUUCUAUCAUUGCUCUCUUUCGUGUGGAUUUCACUGGAAGAGGAGAACUUGCUGACCGUCAGCAAAAACUGGCUCAAAUGCUCUCUCGAUUGACCAAAAUUGCUGCAGAAUUUAACGUUGCAGUUUAUAUGACCAACCAAGUUAUUGCUGACCCGGGGGGAGGAAUGUUCAUAUCAGAUCCAAAGAAGCCAGCAGGAGGUCAUGUUCUUGCUCAUGCUGCCACAGUUAGGUUAAUGUUCAGGAAAGGUAAAGGAGAACAACGCGUCUGCAAGGUCUUUGAUGCCCCUAACCUCCCUGAGGCUGAAGCAGUAUUUCAGAUAACUUCAGGAGGAAUUGCAGAUGCAAAGGACUGAAAAGUAUGUCUCUAGUUUCUUUUGCUACUUAAUGAAAUAACUUACUCAUAUAGAGAGAGACCACCACCACCAUAUUAGACAGGUCCUAGAGUCUUACUUAAGAGAGCCUGAUAUAAUUUGAUUAUAGCUAUAAUCUUGGCUUUCCUUUAUGGAACAGAUAUAUGAAAUAUUAUUUUGCUUUCUACCAUAAUGAAGAAAUGAUAUAUCUAUCAUCUUGGCAAUGAAUAAACACUGAUUCCAAACAACUACAAAUUAGUAUAAUCGACGGAACAUUGUGUUAUCAUGAACAUCAGUUAGACAA